AUGAAGGGUUUCCUCGAUCCCGAUUUAUGUAUCGUGUUUGGUGAUACAUAUGCUAUCGGGAACUAUGCAUCAGAAAUGCAAGAAGUGGUAGGAUAUGCUGAAGAAGUGGUAGUGUCCUCUAAGAGAGAUGACAAUGGUGGUGACAAUGGUGAUGGUGGUAGUGGUUAUGCAAGAGGGGCCUGUAGGAUCCACAGGAAUCCAGAACUUGGUAGAAUUGCAGCUGAAAACUUAUUUCAACUUGAUCCAAAAGACUCCGGCAAUUUCGUGGUUCUUUCAAAUUCAUUGGCAGCUGCUGGAAGAUGGGAGGAAGCCACCAAUGUGAGGAAGGAGAUAAAGGACAUAGGCCUGAAAAAGGGUACUGGCUGCAGCUGGAUUGCUGUGAAGAAUGAAGUCCAUAUUUUCCAAGCGAAGGAUACUUUUCAUGAAAGGAACUCCGAGAUUCACGCGACUUUGUUGGAGCUAAAGAGGGAUAUGGAAGAGGCUGGCUACAUAGCCGACCCGACCUACGCGCUGUAUGACUUGGAGGAGGAGUAGAAAGUCUCAGAAGUGUGGCUGCACAGCGAGAAGAUUGCCCUGGCCUUUGGCCUCAUUUCUAUCCCCCCAGCAGUUCCAAUUAGGAUCACGAAGAACCUUAGAAUGUGCGGAGACUGUCAUAGCG